AUUGUGUGGUAGUAUUCAAGAUUUUGUAAAUGAACUAAUAGGACAAAACAACGCUGUGCAAUAAAUGCAAAUUAGUACACUUUCUUCGGUUGGUUAGCUGAAAUUAAUUAAACAGAUGCAUUAAAAUAUACUGAUAGUGAACUAACCGUUGUGUAAAAACGUUUUUCUGCUCCGAAAGCAUCAAUUCUACAAAAGACUCAUUGCAAACUAAAGGUGAAAAAGAGCUCUAACGGAUUUUAUUGAUUAACUGAAAUAGUUAACAAUGGAUUUUCGCGAGUUGAACAAAAUCAAGAAAGAAAAUAAAAAGAAGCCCAUGCUUGUAAUUAAAGAUCGAAAAACUGCUCUGUCGGCUUUGGAUAUUCAAAAGUUGUUAGGCUUGACGAUUUUCCCCCAACAUUUCGUUAAAUGGCCUGAUUGGUGUUCAGUCACCAAGCCCUCGUUCAUCAAGAAUAUUGUUCUGGUAUUUAUUAACAGAGUAAAUACUCUAAAAUCGAACGAGAAAUAUGGACAACAGUUUGCUCUGAUGUUUGGGGAGCCACUGAAAGUAUUAAAUCCAGAAGCUUAUAAGUAUACAUGGGACAGAGAAAUUUCUACUGUCCCCAGAAGUUUCCUCACAACUCACGCAGCAGCUAUGGCGGAUUUAAAUAAGUCAAUACUAACUCCUGUUCCCCGCCGCACGUGGAUAGAUGAUGAAAAAACUAUUGAUAAAAUGCGUAUAAUCAAAUCAGUUCACGAAAUAACUAAAGAACAGUUACCUUCACAGACUAAUAAUUCUACUUCUACUACUACAACAACUACUAAUGAACCAGUAGAAAAACGCACUCUUAAAAGAAAAGCUGAUAAACUUUUUCCAUUACCUAUACCAGGUACACCAGAUGCAUUUGAUAGAACUUUACUGAUUUUAAAUGUUGAGCAAAUGAAAAAAGAAAACGUUCCAUUACCUAAUGAAUUAUUAAUCGACCAACGUAAAUACUUCAAAAACCGUUCAGAUUUUGUACCGAGUAAACCUGUAUACCUUCCUGUAUCAGCCAACAGCCCAAUGUAUGCAGUAGACUGCGAAAUGGUACUUACAUCCGUAGGAAGUGAGUUGGCUCGAGUGACUAUGGUUGAUGAGAAGGCAACAGUUAUGUUCGAUCGUUUAGUGAAACCGCCAAAUCCUGUUAAAGACUAUUUAACUAAAUUCAGUGGAAUUACUAGAGAAAUGCUUGCAUUAAUAGAUACCACACUGGCAGAUAUACAGCGCGAAUUAGCUGAAACGUUACCAGGAGAUGCUAUCUUAGUUGGUCAUUCAAUUGGAAAUGAUUUAGAAGCCAUGAAGGUUUUUCAUCCGUAUUUAAUUGAUACAAGUGUCAUCUAUAAUCUGAAAGGCAAUAGAGCGGCUAAAACACGUCUUCGAUUUCUAUCAGAACAUUUUCUUGGACGUAUGAUUCAAACUGGUAAAGGAGGUCAUUCUUCCGCUGAAGAUGCCAUUGCUACAAUGGAUCUGGUGCGAUUAAAAUUAAGCCAAGAUAUUGGCUUUGGUGAUGUGACUACAUCUUGGCGUUUCCCAGAAGAUUACCAAUCGCCAAUAGAAACCAAGUCUGCUAGAUUUACUGCAUUAACAAGUAAUAAACAAAACUCAAACAUCUCUGGUUGUUUACAGCAAUACGACAAUACUACUAACGACAAUAACCUUCCAUUUAUUUCAUCAACAUGUAAUGGUUUAUUAACAGAAAGUCAAUAUUUUGAAACUCAUCCAGUUUUUCAAGAUCAUCUAUUAAAAUUAUGUUCAUUUUAUAAAUCUUUGGGUAAACCAAUUCACUUGUUUAAUCGUUUACUACAUGAUUCCGGUGUAACUUAUGCUUAUUGGCCAAUUUAUCAAGGAGAAAACGACAAAGAACAACAACAACAACAAAGAGAAGAACAAGAGAGAGAAAAGGAAUCAGUACAGCAUAUUACUACUGAUUCAAAACAUAGCGAAAUUUUCAUACCUAUAAAUUUUAAUUCAACUGAUCAUCAAACGACCACUACUGAUAAUGUAAAUACAACAACAACAACUGCUACUACUACCAACAGUGAUGAACCUACAACAACAUUGACAGUAGUCAAUAAGAUUUCGAAAAAAUUAUCAAAUUACAUCGUUGGUUUAUGUAAUUCACAUAGAUUGGUAAUGAUACAGGCGAAUUGUUCGCCUGAAUGGGAUAAAGAAGUAAGUUGUUUAAUAAAUUGUACAGUUCUAUUACUAUGGAGCGUUUGUAGAUGUGAUUGAAAUUCAUGGUUUACAUCAUUGACCAAUCUUAGUUAGAUAAUCAUUGAAAACCAAAAAGUACUGAGUAACUGUUUCGUCUUAGUAUGGGACUUCUCAGCAGCAAAGCACAUCCAUGACGCCGUAAGAAUCUGAACACUUAACAUUUAGACCGUUCAGUUGCCGGUUAGCUGUUUACAUGUCUAACUUCACGCAUUUCACGGUUUUUAUUUGACGCAGUUAAAAUGUGAUACGACUGAGUACUCGAAUAUUAUGCGCUACAGAAAAUAACAUUUGUGAGUCCUUAUACCGAAUCAAGUAGUUUUCGUAGGAAGCGUCUCCUCAAGCUUCUGACCUAAAGACCCAGCCCACAAGGCAGUUGAACAAAGCCAGAUGGUGCUGUCCGAUGGUAGUCAGCGACUACAAAUGUUUCCCUCAGGAUUCUGGAGCCAACGUACACCAUUAGUUUAGAAUCAGGAUUUCCCAGGUAAAACCUUCGUAUCGGCCAAACAAACACAAAAUAAGACUACUUAGCCAUCUUACAACGAUACUAGAGGUUAACUGUCUCACAUGGUUAGAGUUUAUUGGUUACAGCUUCUUCCUACGUCCCUGG